CCUUUGGAGGCUUCUGGCUCACAUUAAACUUGUGACCAAGGAUGAGAGAGCUGGGGGAACUUCCCCAGAGUCUGCAGAGUUCCUGGGUUUUUCAAGUCUCUGGAUCCCACUGGGCCCUAAUUGUGUCUUAAUGUGAGAUUAUCACUUUGCCCCCUUCAAGCCAAGUGGUGAAAUUCUCAACUCCGCAUUAUAUUUUGACUCCCUUGCAGAAUCCGACAUCAGGGUUUUGUUCUCCAUUGUAAAGGUUACCUGUGCUAUCAGAUGAGCUAGACAGUUUAAAUCUAUGGAGGAACUCUCCUAUAUUCAUAUUAUAGGAAUUCAUAGAGCUAGUAAAGCAGAGAGCAUUGUGCUAGAUGCUAUAUAGUAAAGCAGGGAGCAUCUCCUGUAGAGCUUGCCAUCUUAAGACCAUGGGUACACUGUUCAGAAGCACCAAGACAUAGGGCUUGUCUACACUACCGGCCAGGUGGAUGGGCAGCGAUCGAUCCAGCAGGGGUCGAUUUAUCAUGUCUAGUAUAGUCGCGAUAAAUCGAUUGCACUAGCGUCGACUACAGUACUCCACCUCAAUGAGAAGCGCAAGGGGAAUCGAUGGGAGAGCGUCUCCCGCCGACUCACCACAGUGAAGACGUCGUGGUGAAGAGUACUGCUCUGUGACCAAGAUGUGGCAGUCUGUGUCUGCCCUGUGUAUCCUGGUGACCCUCGUGAGUGCCCGCAGCGUCCCCUACUUUGCUCCCCUCUCACACGAUUUGGUCAACUACAUCAACAAACUCAACACUACAUGGCAGGCUGGGCACAAUUUCCACAAUACCGACAUGAGUUAUGUGAAGAAACUGUGUGGUACAUUCCUGCACGGGCCCAAACUGCCGGUGAGGGCCGAGUUUGCUGGAGAGAUGAACUUGCCGGACAGCUUUGACUCCCGGGACCAGUGGCCAAAUUGUCCAACCAUUAAUGAGAUCAGAGACCAGGGCUCCUGUGGCUCUUGUUGGGCGUUUGGUGCAGUGGAGGCCAUUUCGGACAGAGUCUGCGUGCACACCAACAGCAAGAUCAAUGUGGAAAUCUCGGCAGAAGAUCUGCUGUCUUGUUGUGGCUUCGAGUGUGGGAUGGGGUGUAAUGGCGGCUAUCCUUCUGGAGCGUGGGGGUACUGGACUGAGAAAGGCCUGGUGUCUGGCGGGCUCUAUGACUCCCACAUAGGCUGCAGACCAUAUUCCAUCCCUCCAUGCGAGCACCACGUCAAUGGGUCACGCCCCCCGUGCACUGGGGAGCAAGGGGACACCCCCAGGUGUGACAAACACUGUGAAGCAGGCUACUCGCCUUCAUAUGAGAAUGACAAGCACUUCGGAGCUACGUCGUACCACGUCCCUUCCAGUGAGAAGGAGAUCAUGGCCGAGAUCUACAAGAACGGCCCAGUAGAGGGAGCGUUUGCCGUGUACGAGGACUUCCUCAUGUACAAGUCAGGUGUUUACCAGCAUGUCUCUGGGGGAGAGGUUGGUGGCCAUGCUAUCAGAAUCCUUGGCUGGGGCGUGGAAAAUGAAACGCCCUACUGGCUGGCUGCGAACUCCUGGAACACUGACUGGGGUGACAAUGGUUUCUUUAAAAUCCUCCGAGGGCAGGACCACUGUGGAAUCGAAUCCGAGAUAGUGGCUGGCAUCCCCAAAACAGAACUGUACUGGAAGAGGAUCUAACUCCCUGGCUUGGGUGCAGCUGAAGAGAUCAAAUCACACCUCUGAUUCUUAUAACCAGGCGCAGGCUGGGCACAGAGCCUGCACUCUUGAGACUAUGGUUGAAGCUACGUAUUAAAGCCUUUUAUCUUGUUUAGUUGUGUGGUGGGGAUGAAGGAGGUGGCUUCUGUAUUCAUGCGCUAGCUGCCUUCUCUGCUGGAGCUCUCCGCUCCCAAGCCAGUUUGUGUGGCAUUGGCCCCCCCCAAGCAUUCCCUUCUCAAAGGAUGGAGCUAGUAGUGACAUUGCUAAUCUCUCACCACAGUAUGGGGGUGACUGAGACACUCUGGCCUUUACCUGCCUAAUUCAGUGAACCCUGUCAUCCAAGCAUGGGUGAAGCAAUCACUUCAUUUUGGAAAUGCAACAGGACAGGCCAAAGUACAUGCAGGGUCAGGGAGGCCGGACUGGAUGACCUAGGGGGUCUCUUCCAUCUCUGACGUGAUGCAUGCUACUGCAGCAGCAGCCUUGCUGGCUGCUGUCCCCAAGUUUGACUUCUGCACUGCAGUGUGCCCAGAGGCCUAGCUUCUCAGAAGUGGGUAUGUGCAAACCCUUGUCUGUACAUAGUGGACAUUGCACAUGCACUUUUGAAAACUCAUACCUAGGUUUAUUUGCUAACCUUGUUUCCUGAGUGGAGGAGCCUCUUAAUGGCACAAUACUGGCUCUAGUUGGAGUAGAACAAGGUUCUUUGACAGCUUAAGCUUUUCAUAAAUAUCUUCCUCUGCUGCUGUUUAGUUUUUUUUAUUUUUGUGUAAACCACUUGGCUCCUCAACCAUUUAUUACAGCUCGGGGAUCAAGCAGCCUGUUACAGUGGCCCAUGGAUGCUAAGAACAUGUAACUGAACUAAAGCGACUGUGGUGUUCAGAUGAAGGCCAGUCUGGGGCUUGCAGAUAAAAUAAAUUGGGCAGGAUUGUGUCCUCUCUUCCAGGCAGCUGAUUAUCUCAGAGGGCAGGUCAGCAGAUUGGUUGAAAGCAGACUUUGGGCAGCAUGCAGCCUCUGCAAUGGGGAUUUUCUCCUAGGGUGCUUUAGUGACUGCAGAUUUGAAUUUAGGCUGGGUAGGGGAAUGCACACUACAGGGGCUAGACUUCUAAAGUGUACUAACAUAGAAAUGGAACUAGGUUAAAGUGCACAGGGGAACCUAGAGCAUGCACCAGCAGGGUCUACAUAGACCAAUCAAUGCACAUGUUAAAAUGCUUUAGAAAUCACACCCCCAUGGUGCUACUGGUUGGUGUGAGCAAGCUGUAAUUCACUUAGCACACAUGCAGCUGGAGAUGACUGAUCUAGCUUUUUUGCACACAACCACCUUCAUUAGUUGAGUGUUUUUAAAUAGGGAAUCCUCUUACUGCAAACAUUUUAGCUGAAGAUAGGUGGGGAAAAGGAGACAUAUGUAGGAAGAACCAUUUGUGGGAGGUGAUGGCACUAACUCAGUUAACUGCUGUCAGUGUAACAAGCUGGAAUAGGGUGUUUAAAGCACAGGGCAGGUCUUGCUUACUGGAGAGAUGCCUGGCUCCUGCAGUGAGUAACACUGCAUCACCUGUGGUGUAGGAGACUUGCAUUUUGUUUAAAUGGGGACUCUUAACUUCUGUUGUAAUCACUUAGCCAAUAUUAACAUGGCUUCAGUGUAGCUGAAUGGAACAAUUGUGCCAAUAAAAGAUUUCUCCAA